GUCUUUCUACUUCACUUUCUAUAUAAAACCUAACUCAAUGGCUUCUUUUCACACAGCGUGACACUCUUUCUUUUCUAUCUUCCUUUCUCACCAACUCCAUUAAUGGAGCUAACGGAUCUCCUUAUCCUCUGCUCGGCUCUCAUCUUCCUCCGACUGUGGUGGCGCUACUGCUACCAUGCCGGCCAAAAACGGUCCAAGAACCUCCCUCCGGGACCUCCCGGCUGGCCUCUGGUUGGCAACUUGCUUCUCAUAUUCCAAAAGCGCCAUUUCGUCUUCGUCGUCGGCGAUUUACGUGCCAAGUACGGUCCAAUCUUCACUAUGCAAAUGGGUCAGCGCACNCUCGUAAUCGUCACCGACGACAAGCUCAUCCACGAAGCUCUGGUUCAGAGAGGUGCGGCCUUCGCGUCCCGCCCGCCGGACUCGCCCAUCCGGCUUGUUUUCAGCGUAGGCAAGUGCGCCAUCAACUCGGCAGAAUACGGCCCGUUGUGGAGGACCCUGAGGAGGAACCUGGUGACGGAGAUGAUAACGCCGACGAGAGUGAGGCAGUGCAGCUGGAUACGGAAAUGGGCACUCGAGAGUCACAUGGCUAGGCUCAAAACUGAGAGUAUAGAACAGGGUUUUGUCGAGGUGAUGAGCAAUUGCAGACUGACGAUUUGCAGCAUUCUUAUAUGUCUCUGUUUUGGUGCCAAGAUUUCUGAAGAGAGAAUCAAGCAUAUCGAGAGUAUACUCAAGGAGGUUAUGCUUGUGACAUCACCGAAGCUUCCUGACUUCUUGCCUGUUUUAACUCCCUUGUUUCGCCGCCAAAUGCAAGAAGCCAAGGAGUUAAGGAAGCGCCAACUCGACUGCUUGGUUCCACUGAUAAGGAACAGGCGAGCUUUCGUAGAGAAAGGCGAGAACCCGAACGGCGAGAUGGUGAGUCCCGUCGGUGCAGCUUACGUCGACUCGCUCUUCGGGCUCGAGCCAGCAGAGCGAGGCUCGCUGGGCGAAGAAGAGUACGUCACACUCUGUUCCGAGAUCAUCAGCGCCGGCACCGACACCAGCGCCACUACCGCGGAGUGGGCUCUGUUCAGCCUGGUUACUCACCAGGACGUUCAAGAGAAGCUUUACAAUGAAAUCGUGGCUUGUGUCGGUAAAGACGGCGUCAUCGAAGAAGAAGACGUGGAGAAGAUGGUGUAUCUCGAUGCCGUUAUAAAAGAAACCCUACGUCGACACCCACCUGGACAUUUUCUGUUAUCUCACGCCGCCGUUAAAGACACCGAGCUCGGUGGCUACCACAUUCCUGCGGGGGUUAACGUGGAGUUUUACACUGCAUGGGUGACUGAGAAUCCGGAUAUCUGGUCCGACCCGGCCGAGUUCCGACCCGAGAGGUUCCUGGAGGGCGAUGGAGUCGGGGUUGAUGUGACGGGGACACGUGGGGUCAAGAUGGUUCCGUUCGGCGCGGGUAGGCGGAUCUGCCCGGCGUGGAGUCUGGGCGUGUUGCAUAUUAACCUGUUGGUGGCCAGGAUGGUGCAUGCUUACGAGUGGUUGCCGGUUCCGGAGUAUCCACCCGAUCCGACCGAGACUUAUGCUUUCACUGUUGUGAUGAAGAACCCUUUAAAGGCCAUUGUAGUGCCGAGGUAAUCAAAUCGCUAAUGAUCUUGAUAAUCCACAAUUUAAAUCAUGUAAUACCAUUUAGCUUCGUGAUUAAUGAUAUAUAAUUUACCAUUUUCUUAAUAUA